ACCAAUCACAAUGCGAGUAGUCACGUGUGUCGCACUACCAACUCAAAAAUUAGAAAAUUAUAACCUCAAAAUAAUGCCAAGGAUUUUUAAUUAAAACAUGACUGAAUCAGUCCAAAAAAAUGAAAACGAUAAACCAAAAAUUGAAGACGAGUGGCUGAUCCGUCCAUGCCCCGUUUAUGAAGAAGAAUAUAAAGAAUGUACGUCGUUCAGAGGCAGAUUUCAUCAAUAUUUCAUUUUUGGCGAAACUCUAGACUGCAUUUCUUGGAAAAGAGACUAUGACAAUUGUUGCCGGUGGCGUGAAAACAAAGAUGUGAAAUCAGCGAAAGAAGUAAUAGAAAAUGAAAAACGGAGACGUAAAGAACGACUCGUGCCCCAUUUCUCGAACGACGUAUGGUCACGACGAAAAUCGCCCCCCGAAAAUUGGAAUUCGCCGCUCCCUGAACACAUCCAAAAGGAAUACGAGGCUAGUUACCUAAACAUUAAAUCCAAAGAAAUGAGAGGGGAGAUUCCGCCCCAAACUGAUCUCUCCUCGUAUUGUACAUUAAUGUAAAUUAUGUAAUAAAGUUAGUAUGGAAA